UUAAAUAUAAUGUUUAUUUAAAGUAGUGAGAUUAUUUAAAUGCAAAAUCAGUGAAAAUGUAUAUUUCUGACAUCAUUUACUUGAUAACAAGUUUAACAAUGAUAUAUUUAUACAAACCAAUCGCUGGCUGGGCUGCGUUCCCUCGGGAAACAUAUGGACAUUUACACGUAUACAAACAUAUAGCUUUGGUUCGCACGUGGUCACCCCACGUUGUUUGCAUGCAACCCCUGACAUGCACAACCAGCACAUGGAUUCAUCAAUUUAUCCUUUUUGAUUUUUUGGAGGGGAUAAUUCUGAUUAUCAUUAUCCUGAUCAUGGCUGUGAUCAGCAUUGCUCUGACACGAGCAAGAUAGAUGUCGUGACACACGCCACAGUUGCUUGGAAGCUGCCACGAAUAAUCAUUUUACCUGUAUAUAUCUUUUUGCUCUUUAGUUACUCCGUCAGUGUUGUUGUUUUAAGACACAUCCCGAGCUUUUCUGUGUCGCCAAACGAUUAUUCUCGAUGGCUAUCAUCAGUAGUGAAGAACCGGUGAUCUCUAGGCUGGACAGAUUAGACAACAUGUUAAGGCAGUUGGAGGAAAUAAGAGGGUGCAGCAAGUCGCCGAGGAGCUCUUGCGCAUCCACCCCAUCAAGUGGGACUUUCACCAGCGAGGGUCAUCCAUCAUCCUUGGAUUUGGCCUCCCCAAGCAGCCUGGAGAAGCACUGCCGUCCUAUUGAUCAUGUGAUGGUGGAGACUCAGGUUAAAGGAACGCUCAUCCAGAGGCUGGACCAACUAGAGGACCGUCUUCUAAAGCUAUGUUUGCAGUUGGAGGAAGAACUAGAAGCAGAGAAGAGGAGAGAAAAGAGUGUUGAGAAGAGGCCUGCGCACCAGAAAGGAAUUAAACAGUUUGUGACACAAUGUGUCAAAGGAAAACACUCAAAAUACAAGUUGAAGCAAGGAGCUGGGGUUGAAAAUCUUGAUGUAAAAAUAUUGUAAAAUAUAUCUCCCUCUUUUUUGGUGCAGUCUUGUGUUGUUUCUAGUCUGUCUCCUAAUUAUUCAUGGG